GCUAGUUUCUCUCUUGUUUGUGUUUUUGUGAGUUUGAGGCGAGACUUGGACAAAAUGGGAACCGCACUCGCUCGCCGGAGGAGGACGACCAGCUCUCCCCUGUGAAUGUGGCCUCGGGAGGAGAAAACAUGCCCGUUUUUCUCGGUCACGGCGGACAGUCCGUCAGCAGUUUGCCGGAGGAGUCUGCUGGAGAAGAAGUUGGGACGCGGAGCAGAGAUUUGGAGGAGACAAAAAGGAAAGCUGACGCUUCCGCGGAAACUUUGGACUCCCAAAGACACGAAAACGACAGGAGCGAUGGAAAAGAAAGCGAGGAGAAAGGGAUUAUCCGGAAGACCUCAGUAGUGGAUAUUUUAAGGAGAAAUGUAGGAUCGUCCAAAGCGCCUUUCGCCAGUGACAACAACGCCGACUUGGAGUUGGAGUUUGAGAAAGUGGACUCGGCGUCUCCGGAGCCGGACCGCGGAUCAUCGGUCGGGAAUGCAGGGGAGGAGAGUGACUCAAAGUCUUCUGAUUUCUCCUCAUCGCUGAAACUGGAAGACUUCGAGCUGUCCGACUCGGAGGGAGACGCUGAGAGUGACUCUAAGGCAGGAGGAGGAGGCUGGCAGUCUAAAGAGCACGUUUACUGCACUGUGUACUGCAUUGCCAAUGAUGACUAUAGGAAACCUCCUGGAUCUCCAGGGGAUCUGGGUGAUGGAGCCCCGUCUGUUUUACCUGAUUUACCUCCUACAGACUCACCUGACCCGGAGCCCUACACACUGUCUGACCUCGUAGACUCCACAGAGCUCAGCAGCCUUCACAGCACCGUGUCCGCGCUGCUGACCUGCCGCAUCUGUCUGGAUGAUGGACGCAUCAGGCCUCUGCACUGCUGCCAGAUGGCCGUGUGUGAACAGUGUCUAAAAACCUACAUCAGUUCACAGGUUCUUAUGGGCCGGACAGACGUUAUCUGUCCCAUCACUGAGUGCAGUGGUUUCCUGGAGGAGAGUGUGGUGGUGGCCCACCUGGCCACUGAGGAAUUGGCCAAAUAUAAGUACUUCCUGGAGCUGAGCAGACUGGACUCCAGCACUAAGCCGUGUCCGCAGUGCAGCCUGUUCACUUCUCUGAAGGGACGUGGCCUGCAGGGACCUGGCAAGGCGGAGCACAAAUAUAAGGUUCAGUGCUCUAAGUGCCAGUUCGUGUGGUGUUUUAAGUGUCAUGCCCCAUGGCAUGAGGGCCUGAAGUGCCGGGAAUACAGAAAAGGAGACAAACUGCUGCGUCACUGGGCCAGUGUCAUUGAGCACGGCCAGAGGAAUGCCCAGAAGUGUCCCCGCUGCAAGAUCCACAUCCAGAGGACAGAGGGUUGUGAUCACAUGACCUGCACCCAGUGCAACACCAACUUCUGUUACCGCUGCGGGGAGAAAUAUCGCCACCUGCGAUUCUUCGGGGACCACACCUCCAACCUGAGCGUGUUUGGCUGCAAGUACCGCUACCUACCUGAUAAACCACACCUGCGCCGGCUGGUCCGGGGCUCAGUCUGUGUGAGUAAAGUGCUGGUGGCUCCAGUGGUCAUCGUCCUGGUUGUGAUAGUUGGUGCCUUGGCUCUCGUCAUAGGUCUGUUUGCUUUCCCCAUCUACUACAUCUGUAAGAAGCGCAGAAAACACUCCAACGGGUCUGGACGCUGGUUGUGCUGAGGCUGAACCUCAUCUUGCUUCCUUUCUCACUCAUGCAAACAUAUACAGAGAGCGCUCCGUGUGCCAGGACACCAGCCACAGUGGGAGGAAUAAUCACAGUGUGAGCUUACUGAACUGCAGCCCGUGCAAAACAAAGUCUACAUGGAUGCUCUCCAUCUGUUCCCUUCCCCCUUGCACACUCGGCCUUGUGCUCCAGCCGUGGUGCCAUGCCAUGAUGUCUUGGCAGCGCAGGAGAGGGAGAGCAGCCACAAACGUUACUCUGCUGAGGACCUUUCCGAACAGAUUUUCAAAAUCAGCCAGUUUACAAAUAUAGAAAUGGUUACCAUGGAAGGGACACUAUAUUAAGUGUAGAAUGAUGUUCAUGCACACUAAUAUAAGUCAUUUUAGUCUUUUUAGCCUGGUCUAUUUAUGAAAAUGCUUUUAAAGGAAUGCACCAAUGUUUUCAAGCCUAACCUUUAUCUACUGCAUCUGUAGCAUACAGUCGUCUACAACAAACAAUUCCAAAAUUUCCCCAUCUGUCUGACAGUCUGUCUGUAAGUCUGUCCAGCAAUCAAUAAUAGGCCUGUUACAAAAAUGAGUUUUAGCGGAAGAUUAAUUGGCAUAUAAAUAAUUUGAUUAUCAGUAUAACUUUUUUUUCCUUGUAUCCAUCUGUUAAAUGACAAGCCUGAUUGGUUGAUUAGCUAUCUCGCUUUCUAGCUGUGAGUACUUAGUAGCUCCCAACUCAAGACAGACACAGCUUGAGAGCAAAUAAACAAACGUUACUCACAGCCGCCCUCUAAAGAUGUUAUUAACAAACAUCAAAUAAACCAACAUUACUCACUGCCACACUCUAAAGAACUUGUUGAGGUCCGUUUAGACAAAGUUUGAGCUCUGUCUUCUUUCGCACAGGGAUCUUUAUCUUUCACUUACAUGUUAGCAUGAGUAGAUGCUUUGUCAGAUUAAUCAUCACAGGGUUCACAGGGCUUUCUGUGGUCAGGCUGUGCUGGUCAAAUUCACUGUCAAAAUUGGACUGUCAGCUGACGCAGGUAGCAAGUGCAGAGACAAAAAAAAAAAUCUAUGUAGAAGAAGUUUAUAUGCGUAGCACAAAACGUUGUUCUUUUAGAAACAUGAGUAGCACAAAAAACAAAAUUCUUAUUAAGUCAUGUAAGGUACAUUCCUUACAGGAAAACGUAAUUACAUUACUGUAAUGGAUUCCUUUGCACUGUAUUACCCCAACAUUCAGGUUAAUCGAUGGUAUGAUUCAGCUGCAGCAGGUGGAGAUUAUGGUAACAAAUACCAGAGUCCUUCUUUAAGUGGAUGUGUAUGGAUUUGUGAGUAUGAAUUCAGGGAUUUGAUAGGGGUAAGUAUGAAUUCAGUCCUGUCCCUCCCUUCUCCCCGCUCCCAGACACCCCCCCCAAACUAGCACACUGUGCCAACAUCCACUGGAAUUUGCAUCAUCAACAAAAGCUUGAGUGUGUCCUCACUAAGGAGAGCAGCUGCAGCGUUGCAGGGGUAGCUGUAGAUCCAUGCCAAUUUAAGAUGUGAUGCACCAUCACUGCUGACUUUCUGUCUUGCAGAUUAUUGCCAUGCCAUCUGUUUGUCAGAACUGAUAUGCAUCUACCUUGCCAACCUGCACGCACCUGAAGGAGCUACUGCGUACAUAUAUACAUAAGAAUAUUGUAUUUUUAUAGAUAUAAUACAAAUGCAAAUGAAGACAAUCAUGCAUAUAGACACGUUCAGGCAGAAAGUGUUCGUCACUGUUUUUCUCAGGGAGUGUUUGGACUUUCACACACUGCUCUCUCACUCCUGUUCAGUAGGAUUGUGGUCAUAAGGUUUUUUAAUUACUUUUAGUUUUUUGUUUUUGUUUUUUUUUUUUUUUUUUCUUCCAAAAAUCAUUGGGCCUCAUUCACCAUUCUUAAGAAAAAAAGUCCCACUUCACAAAGAUUCUGACAUUCACCAGUGUUUUCUUAUUCAGGGUUUGUUCUUGGGUACAGAACAGAAUCUACACACACUCAAGAGCACAAAGGUGUGAACAAUUUUGCAGUUAAAGAACACGUCAUGAACCUGAUGUAGACUUUUUCUUAGGACAUUUCUCAAGAACACAUUUAAGAAAAAGCUUAAAGAUAUAGGUGAAUGAGGUUCAUUGAUCUCAAGCAGGGGUGGACAAAGUGCAGUACUCUGUACUUUAAUGUAGUGGAUGUACUUUUUGUAACGUACUAAAUAAGUACAAGCAUUCUUGAAUAUAUUUAAGUAUUAAAAGCUAUAAUACUUUGAGGAACAGAUUCUAUUAAGGAAACAUGUCACUGCAGACAUGAAAAAUGAGAUUUUUGAAUUUGUCUUUUUAUUAGAACAACACAAUAUUUGAGAUCUACACUAACUCGGAAUACGUUUGUUUGAAACAUGGGUGGAAUUCCCCUGUAAACAUCAAAGUGUCUGCAUAAUUUAAUCAUUUAAUCAAUAGUUUUGUUGAGGUUUUGGCCUAAAACCCAUUCUUUAAAGAUCUGUUUGUGGUGAAGGGGUACAUGCAAGCCUUGUAGUCCCACAUUUCACAUCAAACUACUUUGAAUGACCGUUUACAUCACAGUGAUUGAACUAUGCAGGAACUUCGGAAAAGUGGUGGAAUUACCCCUUGAAGAGCAUUAAUAGUCGCACUUUUUCCAAGCAAUGUUUUACAAAGUGUGCAUGUACUUCUACUCAAACUCAAAAGUACUGUGCUUCCUCCCUCCCCUAAGCUGAGAAAAGGUGCUUUGCACCAGAAAUAGCAACUAGCCUGGGCAGGUAAACAUAACAUGAAUACAAAUUCAGGGGUGGAAAGUACUUGAGUAAUUAUAUUUUGUUACAGUACUUAAAGCUUAUUUUGGAAGACUUGUGCUCCCAAUUAUUAUUAAAGUUGACUUGAGGGCUGAUUUACAUGCAUUUUGCAACCUCAAUUUUGGCCGUUGCAAUUUACUAAACAGGCGCUGUGGUGCUUUAGUGCCCAAACACCAAAGAGGCGGUCGCUGCUCUUUUGCCCUUUUACCUGAUUGCAUAUGCAUGUAUUUAUAGAAGUUUCCCUCUCAAAGUGCCGGGAGGAGAUUAUUAUAAUGAAGCACCUACUUCCAUUUACAAAGACUGACGGUAACAUUGACUGUGUGCUGUUUAGUUUUUGCACAGACAUGCACGCCAUCGUUUGUCCUCCGUUGAGUUUUUACACAUUUAAGCAAAACACUUGUAAACGCCUGCCAUAUAAUCCUUAAUUUGAUGAAGGAAAUAAGUCUUAAAACCAAACAGUUUUCGAAAAAUGUUUUAAACUGCUUUAUCCUACUGUUUUUUUUAUGUCAAAGCCAAAACACUUUACAGAACCAAAGAGAAAUACUUAAAGGGUUAUUUGUUUUUUGUUUUUGUUUUUGUUUUUUUCCCCCAGCAGGGCUUUAUCUCUACACUCCUUGCUUUACUAAAACUACUUACUUUGUUACACCAGGUUUUUGUGGUUUAGUGCGCAGAAAUGUCAGCCAUUGGUUAAUGAACCACACAUAGCAAGGGGGUUAUGCUCAAACAUCAUACAAUUCAUAAACCACCUAAGUGUGCAGUGAAAUGAAACGGGAAUUUCACAGUUUCCGAAAAAAUCUGAUUUACUUUUAUCUGCUUCAAUAUGUUUGAAUGUCUUUCACUUGUAUGCUUUUGGCUCCAUAUUUCCCCUUUUACUAAGAAAGAUUUGAGAGUACUCGAUGCUUUUAUUGAAGUACAGUUUUCCUGUACUUUUUCCACCCCGUGCAAAAUACACAAUCAGUACAGUACACGCUAUACCUACCUACACGAUUAGAAAUGGAAAAAGGUCACAGUAGCCCAUGAACAUCCUGCUCUUUCAGUCUGCUGUCGGUGUGAGCCAAAGGCCCUGACUGUGCCAUUAGAGUGGUUUUGCUGAUGUGUUUCUCUAUUUAUCCUUUCAUCUUAUUUUCCUUCCUCUGGUGCCUUUCAACAUGUGGGUUUGGAGUUUAAUAGAGGAACCGUUUUUUUUAAAUGUAUGGUUGGAGUUUCCUUUUCUCUCCGUCACUUUCCAAAGACCUGCUGUACAUGCUGAUUCAGAUGACACUGUGGUUCGUGUAUGAGACCACCUCACAAUGCUUGUAUUUUUAUGAAUGUGUUUCAGGAAAAAAAAAAAAAACACGUUUGUACAUCCCUGCACCCUACGAUGCUUAAUUCUGGACGCUGCUGCACUUUAUCCUUAGACUUGGUCAUGUUAAUCCACUUUCGCAGACAGCAAAUGUAAUGUCUGUCUUUACUGUGUUGAAUUGUGGAUUAAAUGAACUUGGUUGAAA